AUGGCCGCUAGAGCCACCGACUAUGACUCCUGGUCGUUACAAGAGCUUAGGGAUGAAACUACGAGAAGAUGUAUUUAUUUUCCACGUAAGGACGGGGUUAAGACCUUAGCUAGCAGACUAAGAACCUUAGAUCGGUUAGGCCAAAGUUCGGGCGAUGAGGGGGAAAACGAGAAUCUUGCGGAGUCUGCUCAGGACACUAGUCUCAGUUUUGAACAAAGAUUACAGCUACAGGAACGUGAAAUGUAGAUGCUAGAAUUACGAAGGAAAAUUAGUCAGGAGCAAAGGGAAAUUAGGGAGAGAGAGAGAGAGAGAGAGGCGUCAGGCAGAAAGGGAGACGGGGAAAGAAAGAAGAGAGUAUGAAAGGCAAAAGUCCCAGGAAGAAGAAGAACGUUUCAUUCGAGAAUGAGGAGAGACUCAGAGCUGAGAAAAAACAAUUUGCUGCAAGAAAGUCGGAAAGACGGCAGGUGAGUAACAAUGAGACUAGAGGGCCCAAAUUUAUGAGGGAAAGUGAAGAUAUGGAUGAUUAUUUCCUUAUUUUUGAAAUGACUGCAAGGGCACAAUCCCUACCUGAGGGGGACUGGGUUGGUAACUUAGUACCCAAGCUAACUGAAAAGGCUAAGUCAAUCUACUCAGAAAUUCCUUACCCUGCCUCCCAAGAUUAUUUCGAAAGUAAGGCCAUUAUCAUUAAAGCUUACCAGUUAACUGCUGAUCAUUAUAGAUAUAGGUUUCGGACCUCGGAGAAAAGGAAACAGGACCCGUAG